UCUGAGAUGAGGCUGCUGGAUAAUCACUGAAAUAUAUGUGAUUGCUGACAGUGCAUUUUGACUUUUGAUUGACUUCGGUCCUUCGUCUUUGUCUGUUAAUUCCUCAUACCACUCACUCGCUUUUACAAUAAUUUUCCAAGGUAUUCACCUCUACGCGUUGUUGUCAAGUCCUUCGUUUUUAGUUCUUACUUUCAAUAUCCACUCUUUCUCCCUUCUCCACAUAAUAAACUGCUUCGCCGUCGAUUGAUCGUCAUGAUCACCCUCCCACCUCUUGGCUCACUGCUCCUACCCCUCUCCCUCCUCCUCCAACCCACCCUCUCCGACUACACCACCACAAACAACACCACUCCAAAAGACAACUCACAAAACUGCUCCUGCUAUGUCAUCAGCUCGGGCGCCGACUCCAAUACCCCUGAAUAUUUCCAAUACUACCGGUUUUUCGACUUCCGCAAUCUCGCCGACCAUGCCGGCCAAUUCACACAAUCACCACCCUUCGUCAACGACACGCAAGAUGCGGGCGCGGAACCAGUCUGGGAUACCAAGAUCUUGAACAGCCCAGCCUGGAAUGUCGACUGGGGCAUCCAAAACUGGAGCAAACCUGCGACCUCCGAUUUUCCCGUCGCCAUGACCAACUCCCCGGCCAACGUCUACAUCCUGCAAGACAAUUCCACACAAAACCCGUUAACAUAUCUCACCCUACGAACCUCGCGUCUCGAAUCCUUCCAAUCCGCCGCUGAAAUUGAAAACGAGCAAAAGAACGUGCUACACUGCAGCAUGCGGAUGUACGCGCGGGUUCUUGGGUCUGCGGGUGCGGUUGCGGGGUUUUUCACUUUCUUCGAUGAUACGAAUGAAACAGACAUUGAGAUCUUGACGGAUGAUCCGACGGAUAUGGUGAGGUACACAAACCAGCCAGCGGUGGACAAGCAGGGGAAUGAGGUCCAGGCCGCGAGUAAAAACCCGGAUAAGUUGGCGCCGUGGGAUCAGUGGCAGACGCAUCGGAUUGAUUGGUUUGAGAAGAAUAGUUACUGGUUUUUGAAUGGGAAGCAGGUGGCUGCCAAUACGUAUUCGGUGCCGAGGAAACCGAGUGGGGUGGUGAUCAAUAUGUGGAGUGAUGGUGGGGAGUGGAGUGGGAAUAUGAGUGUGGGUGACAGUGCGGAGUUCCAGAUCCAGUGGAUUGAGCUGGUGUUUAAUACUUCUGGGCCUGUGGGGGGACCCGGUGGUGGGAACAAGAAGAGGGAGGCAGUGGCGCUAGAUCUGGAGGGUGGGACAGAGAUUAAGGCAGUUGAUGAUGGUAUGGGGAAGGGAAUGUAUGAAUGGAAGAGGAAGGCGAAAGGGUGUGAGGUAGUUUGUAAGGUGGAUGGGGUUAAGGAGAUUGGGACACCCGAGGUCGUUAGCGUGAACAAGAGUGCGGCGGCGGGGAUGUCUGUAUCGUGGGGUUUGUUGGUGGUUGUCGGAGUCGUGUCGAUAUUGGUAGGAAUGUAAUAGGACGGGAUCUGUGUAUCAUAGGAUGGGAAGUUCGGAAAAUUUUGGAAUUGCAUAGCGGAGGAUUGGGUUGGCAAUGUACUGUACGAUAAUGAUGAGCUCAAAAUAUAAUUUAAGGCAUGCACCGAC